AGUGGUUAGAGAGAAAAGUAAUCAGACCUCCUUCCUCUCCAAAGACAACGCUGAACUUUCUCCAGGAGAAACACAAGACUCCGCCGGAGCAGGAAGUGCUCUGAAAAAAAUCCUUGGGAAUGUCUAAGGGAAAUAUCUGGAGCUCGUAUCCGUUAGUUCUGUAAGUUUCCUUUCACUGCCUGAACUACUGAGACACUUUAGUCUCUCUGUUUGGUUUCUCCCAUUUGAGAAUCACACUGAACUGCAGUAAAACUUCUGGAACAGAAGUGUUUCCAAAUGCUGGAGCGAGAGAGAGAGAGAAAGAGAGAGCCGGGGAUUUUCACGCACAAAACCCUUUUGUUUUCUCCGGUCUGUGAAACUAGAGCGCAUGCAGGUUAAAGUAAAACCACACUAACUAUGCAGCUAUUGGAUUUCACCUCAUAGCAUUCAAUGCAAACAGCAAUAUGGAUUCAAACCACACUAGGACCUCUUCAAGUUUUCUCAUGUCCGAUCAGACGACAGCUGUGUUGACGUCAUUUCGAACAUUGCCUGAUGAAGAUGCUAAUGGUCAUAUUGGAGUAGCAGAUCCUUUGAGACCGAAAUCUGGAGAUGGUUUGGAGGAAAACAUGGAGCUGGAUCGCCAUUAUUCGCCUGUUCAGGAUGCAGAUGGGUCUUCACAGACGUCCUCCGAUCCGUAUCUGGUGCAGGUGACUAGAGUGGAGACGUACAUCGACGAUGAGGAAGACACCUUAGGCCUUCAGGGAAGGGAACGUGACGGAUCUGAGGAGAAACUCGAGCCGUUUGUCGUCAAAGCCGAGAGUCUCGUGGAGCGAUCGCUUAAAGACACUUCGAUUCUGAGCCGGACCGGCUCGUACGGAAAAAUCAACCGCUCGCUAGAUUUCUCAUCCCGCAUUUUGGAAGACUCCAAGAAAGACGUGCCACAUUGGAGCGUUCACAGAGUAGACUCAGCAUCAGAAAUACUAAACAGAAGUUUCACGGGCGACUCCGGCGUCAGCAGCUGGAGACGAGUCCUUCCUCUUCACGAACCUGAAGCAGAUAAAGCAGGUGAGGAUGCUUCGUCAGAAGAAGCAGAUCCGGCGUCUCAGACGGAUUCCCAAAAAGGAGAUGCUGAGAUUCCAGCUUCGGUUUUACCCACCUCAGAUCUUCAGCCGGAGACAAAAGGUCUUUCAGAGACGCUCUCGGGAUCUGAGCGCAUGCCAGACGCUCUUUCUCCUCCUCCAAAAGACUCCAAACUGGACAGCAGCUUGGCUAAAAGCAGCGGCGACAGACACCAGCUGCCCGCUUUGUUCAGCGGUUUGCGAGUGUUAAAGAAAGGAGCAGUCGGAGACGAGAGGGAGACGCUUUCAGAAAUCAAACCGCGAGACGCGGAUCGAGCGCUGCUGAGCCUCAAACAACACGUCAACAAAACCAAACUCCAACAAAACACCAGCACUGGAGUUACUAAAAAGAAAAACGAACCCAGACGUUUAUCUGAAAUCACUGGUUUGCUACAGAAAGCGUCGAGCGCCGAAGUCAAACAGAACGAGGACAAAUCCGACGCCGCAGAUCCGAGCGCUGGUAAAACGGUGACGGAUACGUCGUUUGAUGCUUUAAAAUCCAAAUUAUUCAGCUCGAAACCUGCUAAGAAGGAUCCUGUGGAUGCAGCGCUGGAUCUGGACGCUGUCAGGAGGAAGAAGAAGAGCGAUAAAGAGCUGCUGAGGUCUAUCUUCGAGAGACAGCUGAGUAAAGCUCCAGUCGCUGACCCCAAGAGUCCUACAGAGGAGAAAUCUGAGGUCACGUCUCCGUCAGACGGUGAGGACCGAACCCCUGGCCGUCUGCUGGCCGUCUGGCCUCCACCUAAAGAGGACGGAGAGGAGAAGGUGGGCCUGCGUUACACUGAAGCCGAGCACCAGGCCGCUCUCCUGCAGCUGAAGAGAGAGAGUAAAGAGGAGCUGGAGAAACUGCAUGCGGAUUUCGAGCUGCAGAUCUUCCAGGUUCGAGGCGAGCAUGCGGAGGUCGUGUCUCGUCUGGAGUCGCUCAUCGGCGGGAUGCAGGUGUAUAACACCGUCCAGGAGCGCGGCGAGCUACAGGACGUCUGUGUCUCCACCGAAGACGAGCAGCCGCCCAAAAGCUUCCGCAACGUGUGCGUCCAGACCGACCGCGAGACCUUCAUCAAAACCCCAGCGGGCGACGGGGCCAGACCAGAGCCGAGCUCCAGCUCCAGCCCGCCCAAAAAACUGGACCUGGACUCCAUCAGCAUGAGUUUGGGUGUGGGUCCAGGGCCACCUGGUAGCUCCGCCCCUCCUCCUGCUCCGCCCUUACCUGGACUUGCACAUGCCCCGCCUCCUCCUCCUCCACCUCUCCCCGGAGCCCCGCCCCCACCCGGUCUACCAGGAGCUCCGCCCCCUCCGCCACCUCUCCCUGGAGCCCCGCCCCCUCCUCCGCCCCCACCCGGUCUACCAGGAGCUCCGCCCCCUCCUCCGCCCAUGCCGGGCUGUGGAGCUCCUCCUCCGCCUCCUGCUCUCGGUGGGUUUGGAUUCGGACAGGCGACGGAGAAAGCGGCUCGUAAACCAGCCGUGGAACCGGCCUGCCCCAUGAAACCGCUCUACUGGAGCCGCAUCCAGAUUCAGGACAACAAUAAUAACACGCUCUGGAGUUCACUGGAAGAGCCUGAUAUCAUAAACACACGAGAGUUUGAGGAUCUGUUCUCCAAAGCCAUCGUCCAGCCCAAGAAGAAGCCGCUGUCAGACACGUACGAGAAGAAGAGCAAAGCCAAGAAGAUCAUCAAGCUGCUGGAUGGCAAACGCUCUCAGACCGUGGGAAUAUUAAUAUCCAGCCUCCAUCUGGAGAUGAAGGACAUUCAGCAGGCUGUUCUGACGGUGGAUCAUUCUGUGGUGGAUCUGGAGACCAUUGAAGCUUUAUAUGAGAACAGAGCUCAGCCUGACGAACUGGAGAAGAUCAAGAAACAUUACGAGACGUCUAAAGAAGACGAGGUGAAACUUCUGGAUAAACCGGAGCUAUUCCUGUACGAACUCUCCCAGAUUCCCGACUUCGCCCGGCGUGCGCACUGCAUCAUAUUCCAGUCUGUGUUCGUGGACUCCAUAUCAUCCGUCCAUCGGAAGGUGGAGAUCAUCUCUGCUGUGUGCAAGACUUUCCUUGAGAAUGACAGCGUGAAGGACGUGAUCGGCCUCAUCUUGGCCUUUGGGAACUACAUGAACGGUGGAAACCGGACCCGAGGACAGGCGGACGGGUUCGGACUAGACAUUCUGCCUAAAUUAAAAGAUGUCAAGAGCAGGGACAAUCGUAUGAGUCUGGUGGAUUAUGUGGUGUCGUACUACCUGCGAAACAUGGACGAGAGCGCAGGAACAGAGAAGAGCGUUUUCCCGCUGCCCGAACCUCAGGAUCUCUUCCACGCUGCUCAGGUCAAGUUUGAAGAUCUCGCAAAAGACCUUCGCAAGUUAAAGAAGGAGCUGACAGCGUGUGUGAAGGAGGUUGAGCAGGUGUGUGAAAACUCCUCUGAGGAACAUCUACAGCCCUUCAAGGACAAGAUGGAGACCUUCGUCAGCACCGCACAAUCAGAGUACGAGACUGAAGACGAGCGGCUGCAGGAGGCACAGAAGAGCUUCCAGGAGUUGGUGAUGUACUUUGGGCUCAAACCCAAGUCUGGAGAGAAGGAGGUUUCUCCAAACUACGUCUUCAUGCUGUGGUACGAGUUCUGCAACGAUUUCAAGAGCACCUGGAACCGAGAGAAUAAAAGCAUCUCCAAAGAGAGACUGAAAGAAGCUCAGCAGACCGUCCAGAAAAUCACAGCUGAGAAGAAAGUGGAGACGAAGACGACCAACGCAAACAGUCUGGUGAGAAACACACAAAGAGAUGCUUUGUGCUUUUCAACAAUUUCUUGA